GAGAAGCACUGAGGCAGCAGCUGCAGCGGCAGGACAGACCAACGCCAGGGUGGAGACAGGGACACUGACACCAGACACCUGUAAAUUAUUCACUUGUGCAGUGAUUUCUCCACAGACUGGGUUUUCUUUUGGGGAGCCCUCAAGUGAAGCAAGCAGAAGUCACCUUCAACGACCACAGGCAGCAAUGAGCAGCAGCCAGGACACAUACACUGCUGGGCAGAUGGAGGCUGAUUCUAGCCCAUGGGAAACAAUGAGAAUGAAGAAAAAUGCAGUACUUGUGGAAGGUGUCGUAUUAAAUGGACCAAUAAUUGAUAGCAGUUCUGGAGAAAAAUUUGUUGAUGAUGUUUAUAGGAUACUGAUGAAUGAGGUUGUGUUUAAAGCAACCGAUGUAACUGAGAAGGUCUGUGAAUGGAAAGAACCUGAACAACUUAAGAAACUGCUGGAUGUAAAUAUCAGGGACACUGGAGAGCCUCAUCAGAAACUCCUGCAACUAUGUCAGAAUGUCAUAAAGUACAGUGUCAAAACAAGUCAUCCAAGAUUCUUCAAUCAGUUGUAUGCUGGAAUGGAUCAUUACUCUUUAGCAGCACGUUUUAUUACAGAAGCGUUAAACCCAAGUGUAUAUACUUAUGAAGUGUCCCCUGUAUUUAUUCUAAUUGAAGAGGCUGUUCUGUUAAAAAUGACGGAAUUUAUAGGUUGGAAGAAAGGUGAUGGUAUAUUUAGUCCAGGUGGCUCAGUGUCCAAUAUGUAUGCUGUAAAUUUAGCAAGGUACAAAUAUUGUCCUGACAUAAAAGAGAACGGACUGUCAUCUGCUCCCCGGCUUGUCAUGUUUGCUUCAGAAGAGUGUCACUACUCUAUGAAGAAGGCAGCUGCUUUCCUUGGUAUUGGCACACACAAUGUGUAUUUUGUUAAGGCUGAUGAUCAAGGCAAGUUGAUACCAGAUGAGCUAGAGAAGCAGGUGCAGAAAACAAAGGAAGAAGGAGCUGUGCCAUUCCUUGUCGUUGCCACAUCAGGCACUACAGUGUUAGGGGCAUUUGAUCCACUGGAUGAUAUUGCUAACAUCUGUGAGAAACAUAAACUUUGGUUCCAUGUAGAUGCAUCCUGGGGAGGAUCAGCAUUAAUGUCAAGAAAAUAUAAGAAACUGUUGCACGGCAUUAACAGGGCUGAUUCAGUUGCAUGGAAUCCUCAUAAAAUGUUAAUGGCUGGGAUCCAGUGCUGCGCCCUGCUGGUGAAAGACAAUUCUGACUUGCUUAAAAGAUGCCAUUCAGCGGAAGCCUCCUAUCUCUUCCAGCAGGAUAAAUUCUAUGAUGUUCAGUACGACACUGGAGACAAAUCUAUCCAGUGCAGUAGGCGACCAGAUGCAUUCAAAUUCUGGAUGAUGUGGAAAGCUCUAGGGACCAUAGGACUUGAGGAAAGAGUAAACCGUGCCCUGGCGUUGUCUAGAUAUCUAGCAAAUGAAAUUAAGAAAAGAGAUGGGUUUGAACUUCUCUGGGAGCCGGAGUAUGCAAAUAUAUGUUUUUGGUACAUUCCACCAAGUUUAAGAAACAUGGAAAUAGGACCAGACUACUGGCAGAAGCUGGACAAGGUUGCACCUAUGAUUAAAGAAAGGAUGAUGAGGAAAGGGAGCAUGAUGGUAGGAUAUCAACCUCACCGUGAUAAAGUAAACUUCUUCCGUCAAAUUAUCAUCAGUCCCCAAGUGAGCCGUGAAGACAUGGACUUUGUAUUGGAUGAAAUCGAACUGCUUGGCAAAGACUUGUAGCUGUGGCACAGCAGCACAAGGUGCUGCUACUCUACGGGUUCUUAAUGACAGACACUGCAGCUUUUACUACUUAACAGCAACUGUAGCAUAGAUCUAGUCAAGACUGCUAGCUAGGGAUCUAUAACUUCUUGCAGAUACGUGUAUGUUUUCUCAUUUCUUUUCAUUUUAAUUAAACAUAAUCAUCAUAAAUCAUAAAUGUUGAAAAACAACAGUACACUGGAUGAGGGAUAGCUUUCAUAUGAGUUUACCAUAUAGGAAUGAACAUUUUCUUAUAUUCACAAAUUCUAUGUUUAAGUCAAACAUCAGACUAUUUAAGUUGCAUGUGAUUUUAGUAAAAUCACCAGACACAUCAGUAGUGAUGCAGAUCACUGUUCGUAUUGCUGCUUAAGGAGAACUAACUUGUUUGGUUUAUAGCAGUGGUUCUCAAACUGUGUGCCAAGGCUCCCUGGGGUUUCCUCGGAACACAUGCCGGGGUGCCCUGGGUUGGUGGUCCAGGACCAAUUCAAAGUAUUUAUGGUCAAUGUAAUAGAUAAAACCAGUCCUGAUGCCUGCCAGUCAUAAAAUAUGUGGACAAACAGAAGCAAAUCUUGUCUCUCACUGCAAACACAAUUUACUUAUUUAAUAUUGUUUUCUAAAUUUCUCAAUAAGAAACUCUUGGCCUAGGGUUGCCGUUAAAAAUAAAAUUCUAAUACUCUAGGGCUCCGUGAUUCAAAAAAGUUUGGGAACCACUGGUUUAUAGAAUUGUUUCCAAUAUGGCAACUACCUACAACGGAUCAUACAUUAAUAAAUUAAAUAUUUAUGUGGAAAUACUGCAUAGGAUACCUAUAAUAAAUAGAAAAUAUAAUUGUAUUUAGGAUAUUGGGUGGUAUUCAAAUGAUUUAUCAUGCCCAAUCUCCUUUCUAAAGUAAUCCCUGUUAAAUCACAUAUCGCGCCCAUAGUUGGUGGUCAUUACGAGUUGUUCGCUCGGUAAUUUUCUUCGCAUCGCAGCGAUUUUCCGCUAUUUGCGCAUGCGCAAUGUUCGCACUGCGACUGCGCCAAGUAAAUUUGCUAUGAAGAUUGGUAUUUUACUCACGGCAUUACAAGGUUUUUUCUUCGUUCUGGAGAUGGGAGUGUGAUUGACAGGAAGUGGGUGUUUCUGGGCGGAAACUGGCCGUUUUAUGGGAGUGUUUGAAAAAACGCUACCGUUUCUGGGAAAAACGCGGGAGUGGCUGGAGAAACGGAGGAGUGUCUGGGCGAACGCUGGGUGUGUUUGUGACGUCAAACCAGGAACGACAAGUACUGAACUGAUCGCACUGGAAGAGUAAGUCUCGAGCUACUCAGAAACUGCACAGAGAAGUCUUUUCGCAAUAUUGGCAAUCUUCCGUUCGCAAUUUUGAUAAGCUAAGAUUCACUCCCAGUAGGCGGCGGCUUAGCGUGUGCAAAGCUGCUAAAAGCAGCUUGCGAGCGAACAACUCGGAAUGACCACCGUUAUCCUGUUUAGCUGCAUAAAGGGUUGGGUGCCCUCGCUACUGCAGGGGUAGCGAGCUGAAAUGAUUAUACCACGCCCAUCAGCAGAAACAGAACGAUUGUGGAAGGAGGUGAAAAGAAUUGAAUACCACCCAAUGAGUCUUAAUGCUGAAUUUAAGUAUAAAAAGUAAAAUGAAAAUAGAUAAACAUGAAAUAUUAUAUGAAAGAAAAGGAAAUGACUAAACUAAAUUAAUGUAUGUAACUAUCUACAGAACAAAAUAUGUUAUUUGCUUUUAAUAAUAGACUGAAGGUUACGUGCUGUUCCCAAUACACAUUGUAGCAUUGUAUGGAAAUAUCCAUUAGUUAAGGAUGGAGCAGAAUUCACUGCAACAUUUUUGCAUAUUCUAUUCACUGUUCACCAGUUACCCGUACCAUUUAAUCAUUAUCAUACUUUUGCUAUUGAAGUGAAUGGGAAAUGCCUGUGAAAAGCUUGGCAUAAAUUACAAUAACAUCAAAAUGAUGUAAUAUGAGGACACAUGGUAUAAGUCUUUUGUCUGUAAAAAGUUGUCAUUAGUUUUAUCUAUCCGGAAAACUACUGUAUAGUCAGAAAACUUUUUCUAAUGUGCUUUUUAUGGAGACAAUUCUCUAAAACUCAUUUAUUAACUUUCCUUCAGUAGCCAAACUGCUUUCCCUAAACAAUGUGUAUAUCUUCCGAGUGGUACUUGUUUUAUAUAAUCUGUAAUGAUGUUAAAAUAGACUAUACGAACAUGUCAGAUGGCCUGAUUACAAUGACUGUGUAAUAGAGUAGAGGUUAUGGAGUAUAGAAAAAUAUAAAACCCUUUUCAAAUGCUCCAAACAUCGGUACCUGGAUGAUAGAUCGACAAUGUAUAGGUCAACAGUCAUUAGGUCAACAACAUAUUGUAUGAUUGACAUGCAUUAGGUUGACAGGCACAAAAUGUCAAUAUGUACAAAAGGUUGACAACUGAAAGGUCAACAGUGCUUAAAGUCGACAGUUUCAAAAGGUCGACGUGAAAAUGGUCAACACACAAAUGGUUGAUACAUUUUUUUGGUUGUUUUGUCCCAAAUUUAAGAUCUGCUUUAUUAACUAUCCAUGUGAACAUUUAUUGGGAAUACAUACCUCCCAAAUGUCCCGAUUUUCAUGGAACAGUCCCAGUUUUUGGGACUGUCCUGCUGUCCCACCCACAUGCUGCAGUGUCCCGCAGUUGGGGGAGCAGUUGGGAGGCUCCUGUCACUCGAUACUCUGUUUAGCAGACCAGCGAUGAAUAGAUGCUGUGUGAUGCACACAGCAUCUAUUCACGGGAGAGAGAGGGACUGGGGGCAUGCCAGCUGCUCACAGAGCACUGGGCUUGUCCACAUGGUGAUGGACACUGGUGGCUUGCGAUUGUGACAUUACCUCAAAGCCACACCUCCUUUUCCUGAAACCACACCCACUUUUCCAGUGAGCACAUGGCUUCGUCGUACAAGAGUCCCAAUUCUCUGAAGAUGAAACUUGGGAGGUAUGGGAAUAGUAACCUGUGUGGUGAGCGAAGUGGAGCAGAUCAAGCACCAAUGCCCAGCGUGGAGAAUAAGCCCACCAGGGUGAAAAUUUCUUCUAAUGAUGGUCAGAUAUCAUGAAAGAUACUACAUUUGGGACAGAAUAACAAAAAAAAAUGUUGACCAUUUUCAUGUCAACCUUUUGUACCUGUCGACAUUAAGCACAUUUCAUCUGUCAACCUUUUGUACCUGUCAACCUAAUGUAUGUCGACCAUAUGGUGCUGAGCAAAUGACUGGCUACCUAAACAUUGACGAUCUAUUAAUCCACACCCCAAACCUUAGCUCGACAGUGAUUGUCUACUUUUGCCAGGUUUGGUCAAUUCAAAAUACAAUUUGGUAAAGGAGAGAGUAGCAGCCAACGGAAACCAAGAUUAAUAUUUUAUGGUCAUACCAACAGUAAAUAACACUUCAGUCCGACAAUAUUGUGGAAGUAUUCUCCCAUUAAAUGUGGAUAUCCAAAUAAGUAACAUAAACGUUUCUAUUUAUGAUUCCCUAGUGUAUCAUUUAAAUUAUGAAUUUAUAGUAUGUGUUUUUUUCUGUGCUAUAUACUUUAGCUCAUUUGAACUUAGCAGAAGAGCCUCUGGGAACAUUUAUUUUGAAGCACAGCAUCUGUACACUAUUCUAUAGGGUAAGAGGGAUCCAGUCAGGAUCCCGGCAUUUGGGAUCCUGGUGGUUGAAAAAAUAACAUUGGAAUCCCAACAAUGCCCGGGAUCCCAAACAUAAGAUUGAGGGUCAGGCUGCAG